AAAAUAAAAGUCCAAAAAUGGCUAACCCCUUGAUAAAUUACCCUAGUUUAAAAGAUUUAUUUGUACAAAAUGAGCGAAUGGUCAGGGAUUUUGACCAAGAUGAUAUUCAAACCAUAGGAAAGGGUACUUUUGGUCAAGUGGUCAAAGCCAGACAUGGAGUGGACGAAAAAGUAUAUGCCAUUAAGAUUAUUGAAAUUGAAGGAAAUGAAAAUCAAAUACGAGAAAAAUACGACAAACAUAUACGAGAAGUGAAAGUGUGGGCCAAACUGGACGCUCACCACUUCGUACAGUACAGGUCCUCAUGGCUGGAGUGCGGGGGCGGCCCCGAGUCUACCUCCCGGUGCCCACUGAGCCUUAAGUUCUACAUACAAAUGGACUUGUGUUGGUUCACACUGAAGGCAGUCAUCGACAAAAUGUGGGUAUAUUUCGAGCGAACAGAAAAUAAGUUGUGGCCAGAGUUGGGCGCAUACGUGGCCGGCGAGCUGUUGAUUGAGAUACUAGAGGCUAUCGAUUAUUUACAUAGACUUAAGCCACAGAUAUUGCACCGGGAUAUUAAGCCCCGUAAUGUGUUGGUCAAGUGUGGUCCCGGCGCCCGGUUUGUCAAACUGACCGACUUUGGUCUGGCCGUUGAACAUAAAAAUGAGUCCGAAAGUCAUACCAUCCGUGUCGGCACCGAUAAGUAUAUGGCACCAGAA